GUCGCUCUCCAUCUUCAGUCCAGCCACCGUCGCUUCUCUUCUUUCUUUCUUUUUUUGCUUCAAGUGCUGCUCUCAGACUGUCGUCGUCAUAUUUUUUGAGCAACAGGGUCAAACGGAUUAGACGUGUGUCUGUGUACGUGUUUUCUUUCCUCUUUAAUGGCAUCUUGCCUGCUCUCCUGACCCAGCAGUGUGUGUGUGUGUGUGUGUGUGUGUGUGUGUGUGUAAAGAAAGCGUAGGGCGGCAGGGCUGUGUCUGUACCUCGUGUGUAUGAGAGAGCAAGGAGAAAGGCGUCAAAGCAGCCGGAGAAGGAAGGAUGGUUUUGCCGAUAGCGCUGCUCCUGCGAGUGUGUGCCUCCAGGGCGACCGAGCCCUGCCCCCUCUCGCCAUGAGCCGGGUCAACCGCGUCUCCUGCUCCAUGCUCAACUGCUUCGGUGAGGAGGGGCCUCCCAGUCUGGAGUACAUCCAGGCCAAGGACCUGUUCCCCCAGAAAGAGCUGGUCAAAGAAGACGACAGUCUACAGGUGCCUUUCCCGACUCUUCAAGGCGAAGGGGUGGAGUUUCUAGGCCGUGCCGAUGAUGCCAUCAUCGCCAUCUCUAACUACAGACUGCAUAUUAAGUUCAAAGACUCCAUUAUCAAUAUGUACCCAGGUGUGGACACUGAGAUCUCUGUGCCUCUCAGGCUGAUUGAAGGUGUGGAGAGCAGAGAUAUGUUCCAGCUGCACAUCAUCUGUAAGGACUCCAAAGUAGUGAGGUGUCACUUCUCCACGUUUAAGCAGUGUCAGGAGUGGCUGAAGAGACUGAAUCGAGCUAUAGCUCACCCCUCCCGCCUAGAGGAUCUGUUCGCUCUGGCCUACCACGCAUGGAGCCUCGGGGGCUGUGCUGACGAUGAAGAUCAGCACCUACAUCUCUGCAGACCUGGCGAUCAUGUUCGUCACAGGAUGGAGACGGAGGUGAAGAGAAUGGGCUUUGACAUGCAGAACGCCUGGAGAGUGUCCGACAUCAACAGCAGCUACAAACUGUGCUCCAGUUACCCCCAGAAGAUACUGGUGCCAGUGUGGAUCACUGAUAAAGAACUGGAAAGUGUGGCCUCUUUCAGGUCCUGGAAGAGAAUUCCAGUAGUGGUGUACAGGCACCAGAAGAAUGGUGCUGUCAUAGCACGCUGCAGUCAACCUGAGAUCAGCUGGUGGGGCUGGAGGAACACCGAGGACGAGUACCUGGUAACGUCUAUCGCCAAGGCCUGCGUGUUGGAUCCUGGACCCCGAGCAUCCUGCAGGACACGAGGGGAAGGAGCUGACUCUUCUGACUGCGACUUCGACUCCUCCCUGACGGUGGGUUCAGGUCCUGAUGCCAGCACUGCACCACAGAAGCUGCUGAUCCUGGAUGCGCGAUCCUACACUGCCGCAGUGGCCAACCGUGCCAAGGGGGGUGGCUGUGAGUGUGAAGAGUACUACCCAAACUGUGAGGUGAUGUUCAUGGGAAUGGCUAAUAUCCACUCCAUCAGGAACAGUUUCCAGUCUCUGAGAGCUGUGUGCAGCCAAAUCCCCGAUCCUGGCAACUGGCUGUCUGCACUAGAGAGCACACGCUGGCUGCAGCACCUGUCGGUCAUGCUGAAGGCAGCCACCCUGGUGAGUUCUGCCGUGGAGAGGGACGGACGUCCAGUGCUAGUACACUGCUCCGAUGGCUGGGACCGCACGCCUCAGAUCGUGGCUCUCGCCAAGGUCCUGCUCGACCCCUACUACAGAACUAUCGAGGGUUUCCAGGUGCUGGUGGAAACGGAGUGGCUGGAUUUCGGUCACAAGUUUGCGGACCGCUGCGGCCACGGGGAGAACGCCGAGGACGUGAACGAGCAGUGCCCGGUUUUCCUGCAGUGGCUUGAUUGCGUCCAUCAGCUCUUAAAACAGUUCCCCUGCCUGUUCGAGUUCACCGAGGCCUUUCUGGUGAAGCUGGUGCAGCACACAUACUCAUGUCUGUACGGAACAUUCCUGUGUAAUAACGCCCGGGAGCGAGAAUCUCGAAACGUCUACAAGCGGACAUGCUCUGUCUGGUCCCUGCUCCGUGCCGGCAACAAGAACUUUCAGAAUUUUCUCUACAUCCCCUGCCAUGAUGUGAUCUUGCAGCCAGUGUGUCACACGCGAGCAUUGCAGUUGUGGACCGCUGUGUAUCUGCCCACCUCGUCCCCAUGCACCGCAGCCGAGGACACUAUGGAAAUCUACCUGAGCCCCUCGUCUCAGGGAGAGGAGCUCACCUUGCGCUCACUCGACAGGCUACCUAAGACGCGUUCGAUGGACAACUUGGUGUGCCCUUUCGAGAAUGGCGUAGCCCUCACACGCACCUCCAGUGAUCCUAACCUCAACAAGCACUGCCAAGAGGGAAGGCCCCCUCUGGAGCCAAUGAUGGGCCAGGGUGGCAGUUUUACAGACAACACAGAGUUUACCUCUGACACCAAAUCGUCUAGUGAUGACCAGGACGUGGGUACAUGUGAGGAGACCCCACCCUCACCCUCCUCCUCCGAGUCUUAUCAGGACAGUUGUGUGAAUAACAGGCCAGAACGAUGUCUCACCACACAGCCUUUGCCAUCCUUGCCUCAUCCCUUAACGUUAGAGCCCGGUUCUCCCCUGUCACAAGUCCCACCUGUUUUACACCAAACUUUGCUCCAAAACACCAGCCCUACGCUUCCGCCAUCACCACAGGAAGUACAUGCUAGGACUGAUCAUACCACUUGCACAUUCACUACUACUGAGGAUCCCCCUAACACACCCAUCUCAAAUGGCAUAGAGAAGGAAGAGAGCAUCAAUGAGACGCCCGACUUCCCUUCACCUACCGCUGGGGAGCUUUUAGAGAUCAAAAAACUCACUACGCUUGUCCACUUGGAGGACUCCACUGAAACUAUAAAGGAUGAGUAUGGUACUGUGGCUGACCUACAUUCUGUUCAAAAGGUCUCGGCCCUGGCUACAAAUGAUGAAAAGUGGACUCAGAGUGUUAAGAAACUCCUCCGUGCCCAGUCUAGUAGUACCAACGGAGGGUACAGAGAAGUGCCACGAAAUCUGAGCAGUCCGGUCCAGCCUGGUUGGAUGUCAGCGGUGAAAAACGCUGCACUGUACACGUCUUCAUCCUUUUCGUCAGCCAUGGGACCAUCGCUCCGGCAAAUUCCGCCUUCAGUUCACUGUGUGGACGAUGACGGCCUGCCGGUGCCUCUGGAUGCCGUGCAGCAGCGUCUACGCCAGAUCGAGGCUAGCUACAAGCAGGAAGUGGAGGUGCUGCGGCGGCAGGUCAAGCAGCUGCAGAUGAAACUGGAGAGCAGGCAAAACAGCUCACCACCAUCUGAGCCGGACAUCUAUUACGAGGACGACAUUACAUGCCUCCGAGAGUCAGAUGAUGGUGACGAAGAGGACUCUCUCUCAGCCCACAGCGAAGACCGCCUCAGCGAGGGCAGCUGGGAUCGAGUGGAGAGAAAAGAUACCGAGGUUACCAGAUGGGUUCCAGACCAUAUGGCCUCACAUUGCUUCAGCUGCGACAGUGAGUUCUGGAUUGCUAAGAGACGCCAUCACUGCAGGAACUGUGGAAACGUGUUCUGUAAAGACUGCUGCCACCUGAAGUUGCCCAUCCCCGAUCAGCAGCUUUACGAUCCGGUGCUGGUGUGCAACUCGUGCCACGACCUGCUGCUGGAGAGCCGAACAAGGGAACUUCGCUCUCAGCAGCUCAAAAAGCCCAUCGCCACAGCCUCGAGCUGAGCGUCUUAAUCAGAUUCCCACCCUGUGGGCUUCCCAGGCCCCCUUAUGUAGGUGCCAUGAGAGUCACCUGCUGUUUUUGGCAGAGAUGCAACACCCACACUGGUUAGUGAGGAUUCAUGGGUUGUCGUGCGCUGAAGCCCCUGCGAGGUGGUGGGCGAGCAAAAACUGUCAGGGAACGGAUCGAUGACUUAACGGAGUCUGAAAAAGUGAAAGAGGGUGCAGAUUGUUUUGUUGUUGUUGUUUUUUUUUACUCGCACACAGGCGAGGAGCUGAACUUGACCGAUCUCCUUUCUCGCCGAUGGAAGCGAUCCUAACGGCGAAAACCUCCACCAGAGGGCACUGUGACUAAAGUAACCCUGACGUGAAAAGCUGUUUCAUCUCAAAAAGAACUUGCGUUAUAUUCAUAACUCUGUAAUAGUCUGUGUGUCAUGGUACGGACACAGAUUUUAAGCCCUCUUCGAACUAAAACCAAAACACCGAUAUUCUUUAGAGGACAAUCUCUCGUCUGCCCUUGAAGCCAGUGACUCCAAGGUCUCAUGCUCCACCCAGAAGCUUGCCGUAUAAAAGAUGAUGAUGAUGAUGAUGAUGAUGCUGCUACAGUAUUUAAAAAAACAGAAAAGAAAUCUAAUUUUGUAUGAUUUAUUUUGUGCACUCUAAGCUGUUGUAAAAUUUGAGGGAAAUCCGAGACCAAACCGAGGGUGAAAGGGAGAAAAUGUGCGGUUUGUUUACUCUGUGGUCUGAACUUGAAUGUAGAGUUUGUCGUUUAUUUUAUUUCCUUUUUGUACGUCUGCGAGGAGUCACUGAAGAGAUUGACGUCAUUUUAAAACUGAUCCGAGGCCAGUUAUUAAUGUGGGGAAAAAUCUUCGCGUCGGUUGUAGGAGCUCGUCAUUGUGUGAACGAAGAAGCUGCACAAUCCGUUGUCCUUGUUUCUUCUGCCCUUAAUGGAGGAAAAGAGUGCACGUCGGUGUGGGUUACUAAAGGGUACUUGAGCAACGUUGUGGUGUUCUUCCUUGUUGCAAUACUGUUCUUAACAUGCUCUUGUCCAUUUAGUGGAUUCCAAAUCGCCACCGUUAAUGCUUAGACAGUUUAACAUAGACGAAGGAGGAUCGUGUAUUUGAAUGGAGUAGUUUGCAAUCCCCUCCAUAUAAUAUAGAAUUAUAUGAUUGUCACUAAACAUCACAAACGGCACCUUUAAAAACGGUCGGAAAUGUCACGUCAGCCGAUUAGUAGGCUAGUUCACUAAAACUGUGGUAAUAAAUGAAAUGGGCUGUAUGAAAAUGACAAUAGAAAUCACUUCUAAACUUGGCAUGUUAAUAACAGUGUUAAACUCAGGGAGAGAAUGAUGUUGGGGAUGUUAAGAAAGUUCAGGGUUCAAACCAGUGAAUUGUUCAGACCCGAGUAAAAGUUCUCUGAAUUGGAACAUGCAGAAUAGCAUUACACAUUAAACCCUCACAAAAAAAAACAAAUACUUUUUUCAUUUUUCUAUCAGAAAUGUUUCCUAGGUGUACAUGUAUGGUUUUACUGUGUUCCUUGAAAUACUAGUGCCAUUUAUUUUCAUUUAGAUUUAUUUUUUUUUCUUCGUUUUUCCUUCUCUCGUGGAAUGCACCAUGUCACUUAUCAGUAACGACUAAACGUAGAAAAAGGUACGAAUACGUAGCGAGUAUUUUCUGAGGUUCUGCGAUGCCUAAUGACGUAGGUCUUUUCAUUCAAAUGGCAAAAUGAUGAAGGAACACUUUUUUGAUUUAGAGAAAAAAACAAAUCAACCAAACCCACUGUAAUAUAUAUAUAAAUAUAAAUAUAAAUGUAUAGUUAUCUGUACUAGUGGCUGGAAUUUGUCACUUAGUAAAUGUUGUAAAGAAUUGCACUGUUCAAGUCCAGUCCCAUGGCGCAAAUAAAAAAAAAAAAAUGUC